AUGACUGUUUCCGGAGUUAACGCCCUCACCAACUAUGUGGCAUACCUGGAGCCCGAAAGGGGCCCUCGGAUCGGCCAUCUCGAAUUUGAGACCUCGACUAUCACCCCCCUGUCCUUCAAAUCUGGCACACCAUUGACGGAUCUUUACCAGGUUAUCACUGCCGGGGGGGAUGGUAUUACACCGUCCGGCACCCAGUCUUUGCCUCUGUCAAGCGUGAAACAUCUGCCCCCUAUCUCGGGUCGGGAUGUGCUUGCCGUCGGAAAAAAUUACGUCGAACAUGCUCGCGAAUUCAACUCCUCAGGAUACGAUGCCAGUGACAAAGUUGAUCAGCCGACGCACCCUGUCAUUUUCACCAAGCGCGCGACUUCCAUCGUCGGUCCAGGGGACGAGAUUCUUCUGCAUCCAAACUUUACAGAGACCGUCGACUACGAGGGGGAGAUUGGCGUUAUCAUUGGGAAGACAGGCUUCCAAGUCACGGAAGAGAAUGCGAUGGACUACGUAUGGGGGUAUUCAAUCAUAAAUGAUGUUACUGCACGGGAACGUCAGCGCGAUCAUAAACAAUUCUUCCUUGGCAAAUCGCCUGAUACCUUCUGCCCAAUCGGCCCAGUUGCGGUUCCCAAGCAGAGCCUGCCAGCCAACCUAAAGAUUCAGACUUUCGUGAAUCAAGAGAAGCGUCAGGAAGCCACUCUUAGUGAUCUUAUCUUCAGCAUUCCUAAGCUUGUCGCCACCAUUAGUGCCGCUCAGACAUUACAAGUUGGUGAUGUCCUCGCCACUGGUACUCCUGCGGGCGUUGGAUUUGGGUUCAGACCCAUGAAGUUUUUGAAGACAGGCGACGAGAUCAGUGUCUCCGUCACUGGACUAGGAACUUUGACAAAUCGGAUUGCCACUUGCGACGCGGUCAACACUACCUCUGAGCGCAGGGAGUCUCAUAUUCCUGUGACCAACCAAAAGGCGCCUUUCAACUCGGGGCUGACCAACAUCAAUGGAAAAUAUCUUUUCUACCAACGCCUGGGUCUUGAGAAUGGGCCUCCGGUGUUCUUCAUCCAUGGGCUAGGAGGAUCCUCAAACUACUUCUAUCCGCUUAUCGCAAAGUUGCGGUCGACACAUGCCUUGUAUCUCUUGGAUUUGGAAGGACAUGGACUCUCACCAACGUCAGCUCUCAGCUCUCUUUCUAUUGCAUCUUUUGCGCAGGAUUUCUAUCAUAUGUCACAAGCUGCAGGAGUCAAAAAUGAUGUAAACGUGAUCGCCCAUUCAAUGGGCUGUCUAGUGGCUCUCAAGCUUGCCUUGAACCAUCCCGAGCUAAUCUCCAAGCUCAUCCUCAUGGGCCCUCCCCCGAAUCCACUCCCUGAAUCAGGAGCUCAAGGCUCGUAUGCCCGGGCCGCACUCGUCCGGAAGGAGGGAAUGUUGAGUGUUGUUGACGCAAUCACCGCGGCUGGAACAUCGACCUACGUUCAGCAGCACAAACAUUUGGCUGUCGCCGCGGUUCGCAUCUCUCUUCUCGGUCAGAAUGCAGAGGGUUAUGCCAAGGCAUGUGCAGCACUUGCUGGAUCUGCCGCCGAUGUCUUGGAUGUGGCCCGUCUUCGCGUUCCCGUUUAUAUCGUGACAGGUGAGGAAGACAAGGUCAGCCCCCCGGCCCUCUGUCAGCAAUAUUCCCAGGCAACUGGAGGUGGAGACGUCGAGGUGCUCCCGAAUGUCGCACACUGGCAUCUGUUUGAGGAUGAGGAUCGAGUUGUCAGGGCGGUCCUGGCGCAGAUUUGA